AUGCAGAAGACCUUGGCACCAACUGCUCCACCUUAUGUCACAGACAGGGAAACUGAGGCCCAGAAAGGGAGAUGGAUUUUUCCACUCUUGCUUGUUGGGAAGCCUUCCAUCACCCUGACAGGCCCAGAUCAGAGGACAACCCCUUCCAGUUCGGCGUCUUUUCUCUGUACUGCUGCCCCUUUCAGCUCCAAGAACCUCAGUGUUAACUGGUUGAGGAACAACAAUGAACAUCCAGCCUCAACCACAAAGGUGGAACAUGUCAACAAUGACUCUUACUAUGUCACAAGCAAAGCAUGGGUGACCCUGACCAAGCAAGAUAUCUUGUCUCAGAUCACCUGUGAAGUCACUCAUGGAGACCUCAAAGACCCCCUAAGAAUGACCAUUAAUCUUUCUCAAGUCCUUCGAGUUAUCCCCACACUGAAGAUCACCACUGAAGACCCGGAGAUCCAAGAUCGUGCGUAUCAAAAAGUGAACCUGACUUGCCAUGUAAACCACUUCUAUCCCCAAGACAUGCACCUCAUGUGGACUAAGAAUGGGCACAAGAUCCCGACCACGGAACUUCCUCAGACCACCAGAAACUCUGAUGGGACUUACUCUCUACAACACACGUUACAGGUAGAUGCCAUAUUGAAUAAGACUGACUUUGUCUGCUGGGUGAUCCAGGAUGACCAGCCUCCAGUCAGGAACAGCAUCACCCUGGGACCUUCCAGGAAGAUCAGAGGAAGGACAGAGUAUUCUCAUCACCUUGAAGGCCCCCUGCAGCGGUUUCCACCUGGAGCAAGCAUCCAAUUAAAGUACUCAUCCUCUGCAUUACAAACUCGUCAGGUUACCGUGACCUGGCUCAAAAACAACCACACCCGUCUCCAGACCCAGACCAGCAUCUUCUCCAAUGGAGAGACCUACAAUGUGACUAGCACUGUGAUCGUCCCACUGGAGAGUGAUGACAUAUUAUCUUUAGUUCUCUGCCUGGUUGAGCACAAGUCGUUAGUGGUUUUCCAGAAAGUCAUCUACUUGGGCCAGUACCUCUGUGUUCCUCCAGCAGUGAGAGUGUCCCAGUCUUCAACUGCCUCCAGUUUGGUGACUGUCACUUGCCAUGUGCAGAGAUUCUAUCCCCAGGAGGUAUAUCUCACCUGGCUGGAAGACUGCCAUGUGAUCAGGAGAAUAGAGCAACCUACACCUAAGAGGAAUGAGGAUGGGUCCUACACUCUGGAAGUCCUGCAGUUGGUAAACACAUCAGUGCAGAGGUCUGAUCAAGUACUCACUUGCAAGGUGGAACAUGAGGAACAUCCUCCCAUCCAGGCCAGCAUUGUAUUGUCUGCAGCAUCCUUUCCUACAUCCAAAGCCAUCAGGAGCCUAAGUUCAGAGAAAUCUAUCCACGUUUUUGUGGCCCUCCUUCUGUGCCUCAAGUUACUUCUGGUGAUGUAAGAGUUGAAAGGUGUGGGAAUGGAAUAAUAGCCAAGACCUAAACUCCGAAGAGUCUGUCCACACAUUGCUAAAUUGUCCUAUGAUGUCAACCCAUCUAAAAGAAUGGA